AGAUGUUGUAAAUUAAUCACUCAUUUUGCUUUUGUUUUCCUGUUGUUUCUUCGCUCGUUAUUUUGAUUGAUUCGUUGUUUGGCCAAAAAAUGAAGUACACCUUUGCCUGGCGUGCUACAUUGUGUGGCAUUGUCGUGCGAAAGACAUUUUCAACCGCAAACCAACUCCCGCACACUUGGAAUUCGAUUCAUUUUUCAUUCUCGUUCACCACGCGAUAAACACCGCAUUUCGUAUUAUGGUUGUACGCGCACAGCACACACAAACGAGAAAAUUAUCUUUUACUCUCGAUAUUUUCUUCAUUCGGCUUCAGGCGAAGUGAGUGUGUUUCCUUGAAACAAUCGUUGCGUUUUUGUGUUGAGUCAUUGUAUGAAAGCUGUCAGUUUUGAAUAUUUCAAUGUUUGUGUUGCCUCAUUUCGGUCCAAUGACAUCGCAGCAAAGACCACAACAACCGUCAACACAAAACAUACACUAAAGCUUUGGCAAUAAGUUUUAUUCAUUGCUCUCUUUCUCUCCCUCUCUCUCUUUUGAGCUCUAUUCAUUCACUUUGAUUGAUCAUCGAAUAUUCUUCCUUUUAUCCGUAUCACAUGAUGUUGCUGACGCGCGCGCAAGCGAGAGAGGGACGACCACGCUUGCCGCUACAUCCAUCGCGGUUUUGCGUGCGAAAAGGUAGACAGCUCGGCGAAGCUCGAAAAAUAGGCCGAUAUUUCAUUGAGAAUGCGAGCGCCGCCGCCAGCGCUGAAUUUGCGUGUUGUGCAUGUUUGACGAGAAUCAUUCCAAAACAUUAAACGAUUCAUCAUUCGAAUGUGGACUUUUGUUUAAUCAUUUGGCUAAUAAAUAGCUGAACGCUCGUCAAUCAAUUUGAGUUUCAUUAAUUCCAUAUCAUAAUUUAACACGUUGUAAUGGCGCGAUAAAAAAAAAACAAAAACAACAACAAAAUUAUACCCCAAAAAAAAUCAGAUUGAAAUCGAACGCAUAUCAUCGUAGCGUUAGUAAACUGUGCUCAUUUGCCUAUUUUAUAGUUCAUAGUACAACACCUCCAAUUAUUUACUUGUCAAUUUAUUGACAAUCAAUAAAGCUAUGUUAACAUUUGUUGCGAAAGCGUUCGUUUGUGCGGGGGCGGUGAUUGUGUUUUUUACUGUAUGAAAGGAAGCUAAAAUGCCGCCCAAAAAAUAGGUUAUAUCAAUUUUCAGUGCUUGAUUUUCAAACCCUAGUAAACCCAGUUUUCGUUGAAUAACUGUUCAAACUUGAUUGAGUUGCGUUCGGAUUCACUUGAUCGUGCUCGUAAUACUUCGCAUGAGACUUUUUGAACAGUAGAAAUAAAUAUUCUCAAAUGUUAUAAGUUUUCAUGUUAAUUUAUUCAGAAUAUCACGCCACUUUUUCUGCUUCUAUACACAACGAAUUCCAGAUCCAAUUAGUUGAUAAAUGAAGAUGAAAAAUGGAAUACAUUUUUUGUUUGUUUGUUUGGAACAAAAAGAAAAAAAAUGAUGAAAAUUGCGCGAGACUGAGGAAGUAUAAUUGAAAGAAGCCUCACAAACAAUAAUAAAAUCAUGCAAUCAUGAUUCGAGAAUACAAACAUCUUGAACAUUCCUUGCAUUCGCUUGCAAACUUCUGGCGAUGCAACAUUGUUUUUGUUUCUUGACGGAACAACGUUUAGCAGCAUUCAAGUAGAGAGAAAGAGAUACGAUCCAGUAAAACCAGUGAUAUAUCUGUUUUGUUAGAGUUUUAAAUUAAAUUUCGUUAAGGAUUUUCUUCGUCGGGUUAAACAAAAGAAAAUGACCAAAAAGUUUGAAUUUAAUUGGCAAAUCCCAGUGCCAGAGCCACUGUUGGCCGGAUGUGUCUUCGAUCGUUGGACUGAAGAGAAAGAUAAUACCGAUCUCGAAUUAGCCUGUACAUUCAAAGUUGAUGAGUAUGGAUUUUUCAUCUAUUGGAAAAGCGAAGGACGGGAGGGAGAUGUUAUCGAAUUGUGUCAAGUGAGUGAUAUUCGGGCUGGUGGAAUUCCAAAGGAUAUGAAACUGCAGGAUAAGCUGUGGAACAAGUAUGGUGAAAAACUGGACGAAAGAUCGUUGACCAUAUGCUCGGGUACCGAUUACAUCAAUGUGAAUUAUCAACACAUUGUCUGCCCGGAUGCAGAAACAGCAAAGAUUUGGGUUGAUGGCCUGCGAAAAAUCACACACAACGUGAAAGCAAAUAAUAUUUGUCCGAUGACAUGUAUUUUUAAGCAUUGGAUGCGAUUGGGUUUUUUGGUUGACGCAAGAGGACGUGUACCAGUGAAAGUGGUGGCUCGAACAUUUGCGUCUGGCAAAACGGAGAAAAUGGUGUAUCAAUGUUUGUCGGAUCUUGGUUUGCCAUCCGGCAAAAAUGACACGAUGGAUAAAGCUGAUUUCACAUUCGACAAGUUUUAUGCACUCUACCACAAGAUUUGCCCUCGAAACGAUAUCGAAGAACUAUUCCGGUCGAUAACACAAGGCAAAGCUGAAUCCAUCAAUAUAGACCAGUUCAUUAAUUUUUUGAAUGAGAAACAACGUGACCCGCGAUUGAACGAGAUCUUGUAUCCAUUGUACGAUGAGAAACGUGCUCAAGAGAUUAUUACAACGUACGAACAGGAUGAGGAGUCGCGUACUAAUGGAGUCUUGUCAAAAGAUGGUUUCGUACGCUAUUUAAUGUCCGACGAAAAUGCGCCCGUAUUUUUGGAUCGAUUGGAUUUAUACAUGGACAUGGAUCAACCGCUUUCGCAUUACUACAUCAAUUCAUCUCACAAUACGUAUUUGUCGGGUCGUCAAUUUGGUGGUAAAAGUUCGGUUGAAAUGUAUCGUCAAACAUUGUUGGCCGGUUGCCGUUGUGUCGAGCUCGAUUGCUGGGAUGGUAAAGGUGAAGAUGAAGAGCCCAUCAUCACUCACGGCAUGGCCAUGUGCACCGAUAUUCUAUUCAGAGAUGUCAUUUAUGCGAUUCGAGACUGUGCAUUCGUCACAUCCGACUAUCCAGUCAUUCUAUCGUUCGAGAAUCACUGUUCUCGUGCCCAACAAUAUAAAUUAGCUAAAUACUGUGAUGAAAUUUUUGGUGAUCUAUUGUUAAAGGAACCGUUACCAGAUUAUCCAUUGGAACCAGGUGCGCCAUUACCACCGCCAUCAUUGUUGAAACGAAAGAUUUUGAUCAAAAACAAAAGACUUAAGCCCGAAGUGGAGAAAAUCGAAUUGGAAUUGUUCCAGCAAGGUCAAUUAGCAUUGGAUAAUGAGGAGCCAACAGAAGAUGCAAGCGCCGUUCCAACGCUGGAUAAAAAGCUAUCCGAAGAAGCUGCAACGCCAGUGGCCGCCGGAUUGCCGGGUGCAUCACAAGAUGGUGGCGAAGGAAUCGAAAUUCCAAUCAAUUACACAGGAUCGACGACCAAUGUGCAUCCAUGGCUUUCAUCCAUGAUCAACUACGCGCAGCCAAUCAAAUUCCAAACAUUCAGUUCGUCUGAAGAAAAGAACAUUCAUCACAAUAUGUCAUCGUUCUCCGAAACGGCGGGCAUGAAUUUGUUGAAGCAGCAAGCCAUUGACUUUGUCAACUACAACAAACGCCAAAUGUCUCGAAUUUAUCCGAAAGGAACGCGUGCCGAUUCGUCCAACUACAUGCCUCAAGUGUUUUGGAAUGCUGGCUGUCAAAUGGUCUCAUUGAAUUUUCAAUCGUCCGAUUUGCCCAUGCAAUUGAAUCAAGGAAAAUUCGAAUACAAUGGAAGCACUGGUUAUUUGUUGAAGCCAGAUUUUAUGCGACGUGCCGAUAAAGAUUUCGAUCCAUUUGCCGAUGCUCCAGUCGAUGGUGUGAUUGCCGCAUCGUGCGGUGUUCAAGUCAUUGCCGGUCAAUUCUUGUCCGAUAAAAAAGUUGGCACCUACGUCGAAGUGGAUAUGUAUGGUUUGCCAUCUGAUACCGUGCGAAAAGAGUUUCGUACGCGUUUGGUGCCAGCAAACGGUUUGAAUCCCGUUUACAAUGAAGAACCGUUCCUGUUUCGUAAAGUCGUAUUGCCGGACUUGGCGGUGUUACGUUUGGGUGUCUAUGAUGAAAAUGGAAAAUUGCUCGGCCAACGAAUCUUGCCCCUGGAUGGUUUGCAAGGUGGCUACCGGCACAUUUCAUUGCGUACAGAAGCCAAUUUUCCAAUGUCACUUCCCAUGCUGUUCUGUAACAUUGAAUUGAAAAUCUAUGUACCCGAUGGUUUUGAAGAUUUCAUGGAUGCAUUGAGUGAUCCACGUGGUUUUAUGGGCGCGGCUAAGGAGCGACAAGACAACAUGAAAGCACUCGGCAUCGAAGAGACGGGCGGCAGUGGUGAUGCAUCGAAAAUGGAAAAGAAAGAAGAAAAGCGAAUUGAAGAACCGCCCAUCGUAUUCGAUCCAAUCACAUUGGAAACGUUGCGUCAGGAGAAAGGUUUUCAGAAAAUUGCCAAAAAACAAGCCAAAGAAUUGGAAACAUUGAAAAAGAAGCAUCUCAAAGAGCGGGCAUCAUUGCAAAAAACGCAGAAUGCAAGCAUCGAGAAAUUGAUCAAGGGCAAAAGCAAAGAUGAAAUCAAAGCCGAUCAAAAUAUACGCAAAGUGAUAACCGAUCAAACGAGCGCAUGGAGUGAAAUGUGUGAAAAGCAUAAGAAAGAGGAAUGGGAAAUGCUGAAGAAGCAAGUUCAAGAUCAACAGGACAUUCUCAAAGGAUUAAUGGAAACCACACAGGCGGCUCAAAUCAAACAGCUCGAAGCGAAACAUGAACGUGAUAAUAAGAAUCUGAACUCUCAGCAGGCCAAAAUUUCCGUCGAAACUGCCAAAGAAGUGUUAAAUGAUAAAACACUCAAAACAAAAGGUGAAAAAGAUCGACGAUUGCGUGAAAAGAAGCAAAACAACAUUAAACGAUUCAUGGAUGAGAAGAAGAAUGCCCAAAUCAAGCAGGCGCGCGAAAAAGAGAAGCUGCGUGUGAGUCAUGACAAGCAAGGGGAGGAAUUGCAAAAGGAUGUUCAAAAGCUCUUGGAAAUGUAUAAGGUCGAAGAGGAAGAAUACAAUAUGACCACAAAACGAGAAUUUUAUGCCUAAAUUGCCUAAAACAAUGCCGAUCAAAGCAAACAAAAUGAACAACAACUAAAAACACAUUAUUUAUUUAUUAUUAACACUGAACAAAAAAAAGAAGAAAACAACAACAACAAAGAACAUUUACAAAAGUCUAGCAAAAAUUACCAGACCAAGUUAAGUAUGACUCUAUUUAUUAAAAAAAAGCAUAAAUUCUAUUUGUGUAUAGUUUAGAAGAAGCAGAAAAACAACAACAACAACAAAAACAAUUGCGGGAAUUCGUAGAUUGAGAUUAUAGCAUGUAGUGAUAUACAAAAGGUCCGAAUAUCUAUAGAAAGAGAGAGAGAGAGGGAGUUUAAAGAAAGCCGAGUUGAAUUGAUUGAGAUUUAGUCAAGACCGUUGUUCGCUUUGAAAUCAAAAAAACUUGUUGAUUGAAAUCAAAAAUAACAAUAAGUCUCCUGAGUUGAUAUGUAAUCAUGAUGAAAACAAAACAAACAAGUCAACAAGAACAACAGUAAAAAUCACUCGCUAUGUAUCACUUAAGUCAGCUUUCAAUUUCUCACCCGAAACUCGAUUCGAUUUGUGCCUCACAGCAAUCCACGCUGAUCCAAUCAAUUUCGAUGUUAUUUUCGAUUUUCAGUUGGUUUUUCUCUUCCGUUCCAUUUUUUAUUCGUGAGAUGUGGGAGAAACCCAGAGAAAAACACUAACGUAAUUUUUGUAGCCAGAUAUAUAGUUGCACAGUUAAUAAUAUAUUAUUAACAUCUCCGAUGUUAAUAACGCCCUGUUUCGCGUACCAAGAAAAAUCGGAAGAUUCUAAAACAAUACUGUUUAUUUAUUUUUUUCGAAACAAAAAAAACAUUUGUUGGUCGCCUGGAUUUUUUCUUUUCGAUUGGGUGCGCUAAACAGGGCGUUAUUAACAUCAGAGAUGUUGUAUAUUAUUAACAUAGCCCAUUUUGUGCAACUAUAGCCAGAUAUAUUUGAAAAUUCGAUCUUUAAAAAUUAAGAACCAUUUACCAUUUAAGUAGUCCCAUCCAAUUUUGCCAUACGAACCCACCCGUACGAGAUAUCCGUAAAUAUGGAAAAAAAGGAUAUUUUCGUAGCGUGGAUUCGUGACAACAACCACAUUUUCCGUGCAGCGAAGCCAAAUUAUGCACUUAUUCAGGAUUUGAAUCGACUACGAAGAAUUUUUCUUCUUUCAUUUAACAAAAUCACACCCAGAUGGCACUGAAUGACAUUCACUGGAGAACACAACGGGAAAAUUGCUGCAACCAAAAAAAACAUUCAUUCGUCCUUAUCCAUUCCGAACAUGGUUUGCGUCUUAGAAAUAUUAAAGGAUUUUUCUUAAUUCAAACUUAUUGUUGGUCUUUUUAUUUGAAAUUUUUCAAUUCAAUUCAAAUUAAGCCUUUUGAAGAAUAACUUUCCAUUUCUUUGCAAAAUAAUAAUAAUACUAUUAAGAAUAAUUCAGACCAAUGGUACCGUCUUGUUGAACAAAACUCCAACGAAACUAUUACAAAAAAAGAGAAAUAUUAUAUUUAUUCAGAUUUAUUCGAUUCUAUAUUAUAUAGUUGAUAUGUAUCGCUAUAGAAUCUCAUUACCAUUACAAUUAUUUGAAAGGAAAACCUAAACCAAUAACAGGAUUCAAACUAGUCGAGAUUUAGUAAGCCAUUUAUGACACGUAUGAAUGUUGAUAAUUCAAAUGAUUUAAGCAGCCAAAAAUGAUAUUGUUUGAAAUUUAAACGAAAUAAAGUUUGCAUUCAAUCACAAUUA